AUUGAAUGGUUUACCCCAAGAAAACAAUCGUAGCCGUUUUGCGACAUGUAUUACGGGAUUACGACAGUUGUAACUGUUAAGGGGAUGUGCAAGCUCACGAGGUCAUGAGAGAGGGAAGGUGUGCGCCAAAUAUGUGGCUUAUGUGGUGUCAUUUUCGCGCUAAGAUCGUAUACAUUCAUGACUGACAGAGUUUAUGUUAGGUUUCUUGAUCCAAUCUCUCGUUUGACAGCUACCAUUCGGCGGAUGAUCAGACUGAUCGCCCAGCUUGGGCGAAGAUCCCCAGGACAGUUGUCAGUGACUUUUCAUCAUUCGUAUGCAACACCUGGCAAGAUUCUACAGCUACAUUCAGCACAGAGAUCAUCAUCAUUACCCGAAUGUAACACGCUGGGUAUCCACAACAUGUCUACCAAAGAGGAGGCGACCCCGCAAACAUCUGGGUCUGAUGACUGCAAAGACGGGGAAGUUCCCAAAGUUAGCCGUCCUCCAGCGGUGCCCUCCAGAUCGGGUGCCUCUUCAUUCAGCAAGUUUCUGCCCCACGGUUGGGUCCAGCGGGCCGCAGGGGGAGACUUCAAGUUCAAGGACAAGGGCGGAGGGGAGGGGCGGAAAGGGAGAAAGAGCCCGUCGAAGACGCAACGUCAAGGUGGCCACACAGAUCACAAGGGCGACAGUGGGGAUAGGGGUACUGGCAACCAUGGCAAUCCAGGAGGUGGUUACACACACGCAGAGGCACCGCAGAACAAGAGAGCUCGUGUGAACUCCUCUGGUGAUGUACAGAACAAGGGCCAAGCAGCAGCCGACCAUGGACCAUCUUCCCUGUCAGAAAAUGGCAAGAAAAAACAAGACCAUAGCCAGGUCUCUGAGGACUGCACACCAACUCGUGGCUGGUACCAUCCUCCCACCUAUGGCCACCACAAGAGGAAACCUGGCUCAGGGGUUGACUUCUCCGUGAUGUCCUACAAUGUGUUGGCACAAGAACUCCUGAUGGCAAACUGGUACCUGUAUCUGGACUGUGCAGACCAGGAGGGGCUUACCUGGGAUGUCAGGAAGGAAAAGCUGCUCCAACAAUUCCAGCACUACAAUGUGGAUGUCUUGUGUCUGCAGGAGGUCCAAGAGAGCCAUUAUCAUGACUUCUUCCUGCCUGAACUGCAAAAGCUAGGUUAUGAAGGACUUUACAAGAAAAGGACAGGGGACAAGCCUGACGGCUGUGCCACCUUCUACAGAACCUCCAAGUUCAGCCUGGUGAAACAUCGUCUGGUGGAAUACUUCCGUCCUGGCACUGAUGUGCUUGACAGGGACAAUGUGGCCAUCGUCGUGCUUCUGAAGCCCAAAACUGGCAGUAAACAGAAGAUGCAUGCUAACCUGUGCAUCGCAAACACACACCUCCUCUUCAACAAGAGGAGGGGAGAUGUCAAACUGUCUCAGCUUGGAGUUCUGUUAGCCGAGAUCGACCAAUUGGCAUUCGAUCCCAAGGUCAGGUACUGGGAUGCCAAGGUCAGGUGUCACCCUGUCGUACUGUGCGGAGACUUGAACAGCGCGCCCUUCUCCCCACUUUACCAGUUCUUAAACACUGGACAACUCGCAUAUGGCGACUACGAAAGGUCCGAGAUCUCAGGGCAGAGCUCUCCGCCACGAUGGAGGAACUGGAUGCAGCCACCUCUGUGGCCUCCCUUCGUAGGCAUCACAGAUCACUGCCAGUACCAUCAAGCUGUGCUGGAAAGAAGACAGCCGGCAACAUUACCUGAUAAUUUGGAGAAAGAUGUUUUUGUGACAUCAACUGCAGCACACCAGUCUCCCAGUAAAGACCAUGUUCUAAGUGACAGCGAUGCACCCACACCCUCUCCUUUGUCAGUUAACUCAGAUGCACAGUCAAACCCAGAUGACCAGCCAGUAAAAAGUGACGAGGAGCAAGGGAGCCAUGAUGCUUCUGGGAAACAACCCGCUGUACCUGCUGACAACUUCUCAACUUCUGAGACUGUAGUAGUAGCAGCAGAAGGUGGUUGCCAAACUUCCCCGUCUUCAACAAGUGACCCUGCAGUUUCUGCUCCAACACCUCAAGUCCCACCUUUCUCCAGCUGCAUUUUCCAUCCUUUCAACCUCCGGUCAGUCUACUCCCACUUCACUGUGGACCACGAACGCGAGGUCACCACACACCACGGCAGGGCAAACUGUACUGUGGACUAUAUUUUCUACACAGCCAGGCCUUCAGAGGGGGACUACACUGGCAAGGGAGGGAGACACAGACCCAAGUACAGGGACGGGAGGCUGAAGCUAAUGUCAAGACUCAGUUUACUGUCGGACAGGGAGCUGGAGAGGAUGGGCAGUUUGCCCAAUAAGGAACACCCCUCUGAUCACCUCCCACUUAUAGCCAAGUUUAGACUCACUGAUAAGUGAAAUUCAUGUAUUAUUCUAUUGGUGCCAAGAAUGUAUAGAAUGCACGUUAUGUGGUUUUACCUUAAUUGUAGAGAUUAUGACAGAGAUGCAAUGUUACCCUGUUUGAAAUUAUUAACCCACUGUUAUAUUUUCCAGACAUAUGGCCAGAUUCGAACAUCAUCAUUGUGUAGAAUACAUGAAGUUCAGACUUGACAGAAUAUUUCACUGUGAAGAAAGUUAAGAAUCACUGCCAUUGCUACACUGGUUAACUUUAAUAUGUUCAUCAAUUCAGGGUGAGUGUAGCUACUAUAAAUGUUUUUUGGUCAUUUGUACAAAAUUUAAACCAAGGACAUUGUCUUUUUUUAUAAGCUAAAUGUCCUUUUACCUGGUUGACCUGCUUGGACCAGUUUUAUUUUAUGGCAUAUGGUGUUAAAGUGAAAGCAAACAUGCAACAAGUUCCAAGGUUUUUCAAGAUAUGUCACACAUGACAUGAGUGCUACAGAAUGUCGUCAUUUGACUUUCCCAAGUGCUAAAUUCAUCUCUUGUAGUUACUUUUGUCAACCCCUGAGGAGGGAUAAAAAACAUUGCACACAAAUAUAUUUGAUAGAUAUAAGUUGGGACCAAAAAGUUAUUAUAAUGGUUCAUGUUGUCAUUGAUCCUGAAGCUGCUCUUAGUCUAUCAAUGUAAGAUGGUUUUGUGGGAAAUGCAAAAAUGCUUUAGGUUCUAGUCAUCUCUGCAGUUCAAUGCAAACCACUGUUCUCUUCAAUGUCAUCAGAUCUUUUCUAAGUUUGAUUCUACACACACUUGUCUAUAUUUGAUUUUAUUGAUCUAGACAAUAAAACACACAAAAGCUGUGA